AUGUGCACUCUGCCUGGACAAAGAAACAUCCAGCCUCACUCUGCUGAAUGCUCUCAACCUUCAGCUGGCUCGCUGUCGCCUCUGGACGCACAAUUACGCGCGGCUACAGGAUAAGCUACACUGUCCAGUUUCUAAGGAUCGCUUUACUCUGAUGCAUUUUUCAUUGUUAAGAACACAUCUGCCCUACUGUCUUUCGUGUAUGUGGAUUUCCAUCUGGACAGUCUGCAGAAAGUGAUGAGCAGUGCGGAGUCAAGGACUGUGAUCUCUGCGUAAACUUCUCUUUCCCUCUUUUAGUUUCUGUCCGCUCACAUUAAAAAUGCAAAUCCUCCUGUACACAGCUGUGUUCCUUUACCUCAAGGAGUCUGCCAGCACAGAGCCAAUAGACAAGUGUCCAACACGGUGCGAUGUGAGUACCUGUCCGAGCCCCAGCUGCCCCAGCGGCUACGUGCCGGACCGCUGCAACUGCUGCCUGGUGUGCGCCCAGGGAGAGGGAGAGCCGUGCGGCCGCAAGGACGACCUGCCAUGCGGGGACGGACUGGAGUGCAAACACCCGGCGGGCAAGCGACUCUCCAAGGGCUUCUGUCGGUGCAAGUUUAGCCACGAAGUGUGCGGCAGCGACGGGAAGACGUACGGCAACGUGUGCCAGCUGAAGGCGACCAGCAGGAAGGCGCAGCAGCAGGGACUGCCGAGCAUCAGCCAGAUCCAGAAGGGACCGUGUGAAGCCAGCACAGGUCCUUCACAUCCUGCCAGUCCUCGUUACAAGUUUAACUUCAUAGCUGAUGUGGUGGAGAAAAUCGCUCCUGCUGUGGUCCACAUCGAACUCUUCCUCAGGCAUCCUCUGUUUGGUCGGAACAUCCCUCUGUCAAGUGGGUCUGGGUUUGUGAUGUCAGAUAACGGACUGAUUGUCACCAACGCCCAUGUAGUCUCCAGCACCACACCAGUGUCCGGUCAACAGCAUCUCAAGGUCCAGAUGCAUAAUGGUGAUGUAUAUGAAGCCAGCAUAAAAGACAUUGACAAAAAAUCAGACAUUGCCACCAUCAAAAUCAAUACACAGAUGAAACUGCCUGUAUUGUUUCUGGGCCACAGUGCAGACCUAAGACCUGGGGAGUUUGUGGUUGCAAUUGGCAGCCCCUUCGCUCUCCAAAACACUGUCACCACAGGCAUCGUCAGCACAGCCCAGAGAGAUGGCAAGGAGCUAGGCCUCAGGGACUCUGACAUGGACUACAUCCAGACAGAUGCUAUAAUCAAUUACGGGAAUUCAGGAGGACCUCUUGUCAAUUUGGAUGGGGAGGUGAUUGGCAUCAACACCCUGAAGGUUGCAGCAGGAAUCUCAUUUGCCAUUCCCUCCGACAGGAUAAUUCGCUUUCUCAAUGAUUCACUCGACAAGCACAAUAAGGAUGUGAGGUCAAUAAAGAAGCGUUUCAUUGGAAUAAGGAUGCUCACCAUCACACCAGCGUUAAUUGAAGAGCUAAAACAGCAGAACCCAGACUUCCCUAAUGUUACCAGUGGGAUUUAUGUCCAUGAGGUUGUUCCUCACUCACCUGCACAGAAAGGCGGUAUAAAAGAUGGUGACAUUAUUGUGAAACUGAAUGGCAAACCUCUGAUGGCCACCGCUGACCUGCAGGGGGCACUGCAGGAGGACACAGCCCUACUGCUGGAGGUCAGGAGAGACAAUGAUGACCUGCUCUUCAACAUCGAACCUGAUAUUAUCAUGCAGUAGACAUCAGAAGGACCGCUCUCAUGUAGAGUUAGACCAACAUCUAAGGCCCUAUUUUUGUGAGAGAAAACGUUGGAUGGUUGAAGCUCUGUACCAGUGCAGUGGAACUUUUGUCAAGCGCACACAUCUUCUGAUACUUUGGUACCCAGCUGUUAACUGUGCCAAAGUAAAAUGAACCCAUGGACAACAUGUUGCAAUGUAGUUUUGGUUUCGAGGAUUUACACCUGUUCAGACCAGGUCAACGUUGGAACAGGUGCACACAUGUACAUACAUGGAAUUGCAUAGACCCAAACCCUUUUAAUGAAUUUUGUGUUUCACUUUGAUUUUCACAUUAGAGCCAAACACAUUUACCAUACAAGUGUCUCAAAAAUAUCUUAAUAUGAGUCAAUAACGGCUGUUAGAAAGCACUUUAUGAUGCACACCACAAAAAACACAAGGUAAAAGCAAAGUUGAUCAAUGUGCAGUUGAACUGAUACAUUUCUCUUUUUUAAAGUAACAAUGCUCUGAGGCAUUUAUCAGAUUGGGGAACAUGGUCACAAGCAUAAGUCCAUAAAACCCCCAUGACCCCUACAGUAUCCAUGAAAAGGGUACAGAGCUGGUCCCCUUAUCCAUGACUGGGACAGAAUUUGCAUUGUUUCUCCUUAGAACUGGUCUUAACCCCUCACAUUUGACCCUUAUGUCUUGGUGGGAUCAUCACUUGAAAAACAGGACCCCUGGUCUCCCAAAUCCAAAUCAAAGUGAGGUAGCAAGCUUCCCAAAUUGCCAAUGCGAAAGGAUUCCUGGUAACGAGGAAGCUGAGCCUGAACGUUACUGUUGACUGAAAGAAUCUUUGAUAGCAUCCAAAAUUGGUUCCUUUGCAAGGUGUCUGCACACAGUCAGGAGGAGCUCAAACAACCAGAAUACUCAGAGUAGAAUUUCUGCUUCUCUGUGUUGAGAGGAGUUACUUGCAGUGGUUCAAGCAUCUGAUUAGGCCGUCUCCAGGAUGCCUCCCUUUUGAGGUGUUCUAGCUAUGUCAAACUGGGAGAAGACAUGGGGGCAGACCAAGAAUACUGGAGGAAUUACAUAUCCCAUCAGGCCCGGAAACAUCUUGGGCCAGGGCCAAGGGAUAAUGAUGUUUGGGAUACUUUACUUGAUGGAUCGAUAACUGGAUUGAUGAUGAGAGUUGUUGGGUAUGGCUUGUGAUUAUUAGUGAGAUGCCAACUAAAAUAUGAAAUGAUCAACUGAACUGUGUUGACUGAUGAAGAGGUUGAUGUGAUUAAAUCUUUGUUCAUCAACUCAUUCAAGUCAUUAUCAAAUAAAAAUGUAAUGCAAUUUUAUCAAUUCAGUCACCUUUAUCAACUCUGCUUUUAUCACUUAUGAUUUGGGUGUACUUGAAGACUAUAGAUGAUUCAGUAUACCAAAGUGUCAGCAUACCUACCUUACUCUUGAACAAUGGACUACACGUUGCACAAUUUUUCAUUAGAAUAGGGUUAUAGUUUUAUCAAUAUUGGCCUUCAAUCAGCUGUCGGUGUCGCCCACUGCAGACUGGAUGGACAGUCCCUCUUGACCUCGACUAGUGAGUGCUAUGUUGAUCAUUUUAAUUAUUUGUACUGUAUGUCAGUUGUAUGAACAGAGGAAUCAUUCUUGAUGCAGCAGGAUUUUACUGAACAGUUUGAAUCUGUAAAACCUGCAAUGAAACCUUUACGUAUGAAAAUGGUUGAAUCUGAAGAUAAUGGCUGUAGGCCAGGCAGCUUCAUUCCAAAAUUGCUGAAAACCUUUAGUGAAAAUGAUGAUGACUUGUAUUGUAUCUUGAGCUUGAAAAAAGUUCCUAUAACCCAAAACUAAGUAGCUAAGCUUGGAUGAGUAAGGGUGUAUCCCCAAGGAAUCCAUCCAAUCUGAGCCCUAAAGUUGUAUCACCUCUGAAAUCUAGGUCUUAAAUCUGAAAGCCUGGACAUGUAUGACAGAUACGCGUUACUGGCAAUGUAACAGUCAAACAUAAAGUAACAAGAAUACAUUAUUAUGGGCCCAAUCAUGCCAAAGUUCAGCAAAAUUCAUGAAUACAAAGAACAGGCUUUUUACACUACUCUUAGGCCCAGGCUAAAGGAGCUGCUAGCCUGGGGCUAAGAGAGCAUUAACACUGGCACAAUCCUGACACAUUCCAAGUGGGCUAACCCGGACUUUAGCCUAUAGGGCUUGCUGACCCUGCUCCAGAGCAGGAUUUGCCCCGAUUUUACUGGGUUAUACCCUGAAAAUAGACUUAGCCCAGGCCUACGAGUUGCUAGUGUGAAACAUGGUUAUGAACAAGCAUGAAGAAUUCAUACAGGGACGGGCAGGAUUUUAACUUUUCCCUUAGGACGUCUUUAUUCAGUCAUUACAUGAACAUUUUUCAUGUGAACAACUGUGGACAACACACAGAUGUGUUUGGGGAUUAGUUAUCUGGAAGUUUGUGCACCAUUAUACUCAUUUGUAUGAUUCAUCAUGUCUCAGCCCUGUGUUUGAGGACAAAAAGGAAGCUUGGUUGGUAAUUUAGGUAAAAUGAAUAUAACAACUUGUGACCAUUGUACAAACUAGUUUGUUUGAAACACACUGAAGCCUUUGUUGCAAACCGUGACCUGGGUGCAUGUUGGGAUGUUAUAUAAAACACUUGAUAUUUUUGUUUGGGUCUUACAUCUACUGUGUUAUGUCGUAUUGUCUUACGAUAGCUGAUUUCUUGACAUCCACUGACUCCCAAACAUGGUGAACAAGAUUAUAAGAUACUUGAGGCUGAGGCAUUAUAAGGCAUUAUUCCACAGCACAUCUUGCUCUGAGUGCACAUGGAGCAUGAAAUAGUGAGCUUCCUUAGCAAGCUCACCAGCAGCCAUAUUGGAGAUCCCUUUUACCAGAAUGAGUGAGAAGAGCUGACUGUGUAAUCUAAUGCAAGCAUUAUACCGCUCCAUAUCUGUGCUCUGCUUGAAUUUCUGGUAAUUGACAAUAAUGGCAUUUUAUUUGCAAGCUAACCCUAGUAUCUGUUUAAAUUAGCAUUAACUGAUUUUUUUUUUUGGCACCUUGGUACAGCAGAACAAGCCGUAAACAAAACUGACAUAGAGUUAUCACUUUAUGGUAAAUGUGUUAGCAAACAAUGGCCUAUUUACACAUCCAUCAGACAUGGAGCAACAUUAGCAUUUGCUUGGGGCCAUUCUUUUGGUUAACUUUCACUCAGGUUUGGUCUCCACCAAAUUCUGAGAAAAAUAUGCUCUACUGUGUUCAGUUGUUAGACUCUAAGGGCCCUGACACACUAAGCCAAUGGUCGGCCGUCGUUCAAUGUUGGGCCAUUGGUGAGCAUCUAUCGCGCUAGUUUUGCAGUGUGCCCUGCACUGUUGCCACUAGUCGGCCCUUAACAGCUAUUUUUUAGCCAGUACAGCAUGUUGAAUCACCGCCAGACCCAGUGGAGCUCAUUGUUACUUUAGCAGUAAUGGUACAUAAUUGUUUAUUAUUGUUCGCUAACACAUGGUAAAUAUAAUUUGUUCUUUCAACAUCGGGUAAUGUCGUGCUCACUGGCUAACUCAUAUAUCCAUUCUGUCGGUCUUCCAGUUUCCAUACCGCCACCUGCUGGUAUGGAAAAUUUCCUCUCACAAAGGCACAGAACAUACAUGCCAGUUAGCAGUCAGCUGUAGUCUUUACGGUGUGUUCAAGAGCAUUUUUUUGGCUGAAACACAGGCCACCGUUAAAUAAAUAACAUUAAAGAUGCUAAAAUGCUCCAUCGAGCAGUUUGUAAUAAUUCUAUGUGGAUCAGUCACUAUGACUGACCCUUUUCACAUUACACAUUUGAUCAGUUUUACCAUUAAAAAAAUUACUUUUGAUCUAUUUUACCAUAAACAAAUAAUUAGUACAGCUUUAACAUUCAUUGCUUGGCUUUAUAAGGCUGCUGGCUGGCUAUGAGUUUUUGUGCUCAAUCAAAGACAAAUCCCAGACUUAUCUCUGUACUGGACACAGAGAUGAAAUCGAACUUUUAUCUGAUUGUGAGUUUCAUGGCCAACCAAAGCAUUUCCCUUUAUGUCAGAGCUUUCCUGUAACCAACAUUUGUGGAUGGGUCAUUUUCCAAUAGACCUCCAUGACCUCGCCACAUGCAAGACUGUACCACAGCUGCAGAGCCUCUACAAUAAACAUAAAGAGGUAAAUAUUUAGGAGGUUGAAUCCUUAAUGGGCUGAUUGUAAAAUAUGCUAUAAGUAUAAGGGCAUUUGCCAAAUUUAUUGUUUAAGCAUCACAAUGAGCUCCCAGUGUAAGAUUGAGACACUGUGUAAGCAGAUGUUAAACAUUGUCAUGUUCUUUGGUUCAUGGUUGGUAUGAUUUUUUUAUUGCUGUAUGUUGUCCUUCCAUAACCAAAUGUGAACCACAUGUGUGCUGAUUAAGUUGAAAUGAUGUACUCUGUUGGAAUGAAGAGCACAAAAUGUGAGUAGAUGUUUUUACGUAGUCUCACCACUGCUGCUGCUCUGGUUCAUAACUGUUUGUCUUUUUGUAAGAGUAGACACAUGCUUUUAUCACAUCCUCAAAACCAAAUGUUUACAUGUAAGUUGCAAACAAGGCACUCCUCUCCAUCGGCCAGUAGCUUUUUCCACCAAAUAAAAUUUUCACAAACAGA